AUUAUGUUUAUUUCGAGAACUCGUCCAGUAACCCACUGCUUAUCCGAAGGAUAGAGGAGUUAAACAAGACGGCCAAUGGGAACGUGGAGGCCAAAGUGGUCUGCUUCUACCGACGGAGGGACAUCUCGAGCACCCUCAUCGCCCUGGCAGACAAGCACGCCCGGGAGCUCGAGGAGGAGAUGGAGAGCCCGGAGAUGCUGGACCUCCCCGAGAAGCACAAGCACCAGCUCCGGCACCGCGAGCUCUUCCUGUCCCGGCAGCUGGAGUCGCUGCCCGCAACACACAUCAGGGGGAAGUGCUGUGUGACACUGCUGAACGAGACCGAGGCCCUCAAGUCUUACCUUGAACGAGAGGACGCCUUCUUCUACUCCCUGGUGUACGACCCGCAGCAGAAGACGCUGCUGGCCGACAAGGGGGAGAUCCGCGUGGGCACAAAGUACCAGGCAGACAUCACGGACCUCAUGAAAGAAGGUGAGGAGGAUGGCAGGGAGCUAUCCAAGAUGGAAGAAAGGAUCUGGUUGCCUAGCAGCAACCUGACGGAGAAGCAGAUCGACCAGUUCCUAGUCGUGGCUCGGUCAGUAGGGACGUUUGCCCGGGCGUUGGACUGCAGUAGUUCGGUCAGGCAGCCCAGCCUCCACAUGAGCGCUGCUGCAGCCUCCAGAGAUAUCACUCUGUUCCACGCCAUGGACACGCUCCACGGGGCGGGCUACGACCUGACGGGGGCCAUCGCGGCGCUGGUGCCCCAGGGGGGGCCGGUGCUCUGCCGGGACGAGAUGGAGGAGUGGAGCGCCUCCGAGGCCAACCUGUUCGAGGAGGCGCUGGAGAAGUACGGCAAGGACUUCACCGACAUCCAGCAGGACUUCCUGCCCUGGAAGUCUCUGACCAGCAUCAUCGAGUAUUAUUACAUGUGGAAGACCACGGACAGAUACGUUCAGCAGAAAAGAUUAAAAGCUGCCGAGGCAGAAAGCAAGUUGAAGCAAGUCUACAUCCCCAAUUAUAACAAGCCCAACCCCAACCAGUUGAGCAACAGUGUGAAGCCGGUCCUGGUCAACGGGGCGGCCGGUGCCGUCCCCCCCCCGCCUCCGCCCCCGCUGGUCCAGCCCCCGGCCCCGGGACAGACCCCCACCCUGGGACAGCCCCCCGCCCUGGGUCAGCCCCCGGCCCCCGGACAGCCCCCGGUUCCCGGACAGCCCCCCGGCCCCGCCCCGCCCCCCGCCCUGGGCCGGGCCUGUGAGAGCUGCUACACCAGCAGCUCCUCCCAGUGGUACUCGUGGGGUCCUCCCAACAUGCAGUGUCGUUUGUGCGCCACCUGCUGGACGUACUGGAAGAAGUACGGUGGGCUGAAGAUGCCCACGAGGCUGGACGGGGAGCGACCGGGACCCAACCGCAGCAACAUGAGCCCCCACGGCGUGCCCCAGCGUCACGGCGGGAGCCCCAAGUUCGCGGUGAAGACGCGGCAGGCCUUCUUCCUGCAGACCACCGGGCUGACCCGCGCCGCACGCCGCGUCUGCCUGGACAUCAUCCGGCCCCGCUUCCUGGCACGCCACCCCUACCUGCCCGUCAACACCGCCGCCGUCAAGUCCGAGUGUGCUGUACGGUUGCCAGACAAGCCAAAGGACGCGGCGUCUGCAAAGCGUUCAGAACGUAAACCCCUGGAGGAUGUGGUCCGAUACCUGGAGGCCCACCCCCGCCCGGCCAAGCCCGGACCCCCUCGGGGAGGCUCCAUCUCCUCCGCCAGCCGGACCCCCAUCAAGUCCUCCCCGAUCCUCAACAACGGCUCCCCCACCAUCCUGGGGAAACGCUCGUACGAGCAGCACAACGGAAUGGACGGCGGUAAGUCCAAAGGCCUGGCGCCGCAGUGGGACAUCAUGGCCAAGCGGAUCAGCGAGCCAUCCCGCGCCGCCCUGCACCUGCGUGACGAGGUGCACGAGCUGGACUGACGGACGCCGCGCCCCGCUGUACAGAACCCUGCGCCCCAGCAGGGGGCGGCGUCCACAUGGGAAGGUGUUUUCCUAUAAGCCAUGGCUGAAGGCAGCUGAGAGGAGGAGGAGGAGGAGGAGGGGGGGGGACCCUGAAGAGCGAGGGAGCUAAGCUACGCUAGCCUCCUCCAUUUUCAGUCUGGGGGGGGUGUCUUGUGACCGCCCGACCCCGGCCCCCGUCUUUAUGAAACAAACCCUGGAGGCUCGUGUCCUCUGUGUCGGGACUCGCUGUACAUGACUGUUUAUUACUUACACUCUGGUUAUCUUUACUGUCAUUGUAAUUAUUAUAAUAUCGUUUUUGUGUAUUUUUUGGUUUUUUUUUUUUUUUUUUUUACCAUCUGUAACUGAAGCUUAUCACUUUAAUUUCCGAUCGGACGAAGAAACUUUUGGGGAAAAAAAGGUUUGUGAUGAGAAAAAAAAAAACUAGAGCGCCCCCCAGUGGAGAGAGGGUCUACACGUCGCGCCACUCAUAGUCCUCUGUUUAACACGUUAUCAGUGACAACGGGAGCUGACGGUAGAACUCAGCCACGCAAGCGAGCAACCCGCUUCUUCUUUUUCCCACUUUUGAACGCUUUUUACGGGAUUUUUCUUCUUCGUCCUCUUCUUCUUCGGUUUGAUUCUGUCCGUUCUGCUCUUUCGGCCGAUUGAAGUUUAACUUAUUGAGAAAGACUUGCUGUUUUUUCUACUUUUUUCACACGUAAUGCAUCUUUGCUUCGAUGAUGUAAUUAAAAAGAUGAUUGAUUUCCCCUUCUCCUCGUGGUGUAUCUGGUCGGAUCCGAAGGGUCGAAACUUGACCUCCAGACGUUCUUCAUCUGUACUGCUCAGGCCGCGUGUCGUCCGCCUCUAACCGCUUCCCUUCAGAACAGGAAGUCUGUACACACAAUGCGCAAAGUGUUAACGACAGCAUUUUUUUUCAAAAUUAAAGCGUUCAAAACUAAAACACUACAUGGCUCCAGAUUUUGGAAGAACUUUUGCUACCCGACAUUCGUUAAUCAAUGUUCAAUAAGCGAGGAUACUCGGUUUGAAAAUAACCACUUUGUAAGUAAGGACUUUGAUUUGUAUCUUAUAGCCAAAAGAACGCUGUGUUUUUUCAUGGUAACAGACAUGUUGCUGCAGAAGCCAUCAUCAAGUUGGCACUUUGAACUUUUUUUUCCUAAAUAAAACAAAGUUGCAUCAUCAGCAUUAA